GACCUUAUUGUGGUGCAUGCUGCUUGGGACGAAGCGUCAGCGGAGAAGCUGAGAAGCUUCGAUGGAAACGCCAUUGGAGCCUAUGAUUUCUUCGACAAGCAGAUUCAGGAAGCAAUAGUGGCAGAGAGUAUCACGGAUCAAGAUGAGAUCGAUAUGCGCGAGCAGAAUCUGAACCCCAUCAAGGUCAUGUCCUCCGGCUAUGAAGGAAAGGCUGCCGAACCCUUCUUCGCGGGUGGCAAGAUGCGGACUCUGGAGCGCCUGAGGUGGUGGGAAUCUUACGAGGCAAAGGAUGACAGGCUGGUGGUAAUCGGGCACUACUGGCGCCGAUUUCUGGACGAGGUGAGCCCUCAAGUCUCCGAGAAGUAUCCGAAAGGCUUUGCUCCGUCUGGUGCCGACAUGUUUCCCGGCUACUCGCCGAAUAGUUUGCUGGGGACAAAGAGGAAGGUAAUGUGCAUCGACUUCUCUGUCGGAGUACGAUACGAAGAGAGGGGCAUGGGUUUGCCGGAGGGCAGCUUGGGUACGGCGCUUACAGCACUGCGGCUCCCCGAGAUGACACUGCACCGGAAUGAUGCCAAAGUUCUGUUGUGCGGGUGA